AUGAUAGCUGAGGGGGUAACUUUGAAUGUUGUCAAUUUUGGGGCUAAGCCAGAUGGUGAAACUGACUCCACAAAUGCAUUAUUGAGUGCAUGGGGUACAGCAUGCAGCUCAACAACACCAACCACCAUUUAUGUGCCUCUGGGAAGGUUCUUAGUAGGUAAAGUAGUGUUUAAGGGACGAUGCAACAACAAGGGCAUCACAGUUCGCAUUGAUGGCACACUGGUUGCACCUUCAAACUAUGAUGCCAUUGGAAAUUGUGGAAAUUGGUUGUAUUUUGAUGAUGUUGAUGGAGUUGCAGUGAUUGGUGGUGUUCUUGAUGGCCAAGGAAUAGGUCUGUGGGCAUGUAAGAGAUCUGGCAAGACUUGUCCAACUGGUGCUACGAACUUGGGAUUUACCAAUUCAAACAACAUUGUGAUCAAUGGAGUGACCUCUCUGAACAGCCAAAUGUUCCACAUAGUUAUUGAUGGAUCUUGCGGACCUGGUCAUGGAAUAAGUGUUGGAAGUUUAGGGAAGGAAUUAGAAGAGGCUGGUGUGGAAAAUGUGACAGUAAACACAGUGACAUUUGCUGGAACUGAGAAUGGUGUAAGAAUAAAGUCAUGGGGGAAACCUAGCAAUGGGUUUGCAAGGAACAUCCUUUUCCAACAUGUUACCAUGCUUGUUCAAAAUCCCAUUGUGAUCGACCAAAAUUAUUGCCCCCAUGAAAAGAAUUGUGCAAAUCAGGUUUCUGGGGUUGAAAUUAGCAAUGUGAUGUACCAACAUAUUCAUGGAAGUUCAACAAAAGAAGUUGCAGUUAAAAUGAAUUGUAGUCCAAAACAUCGAUGCAGUGGAAUAAAUUUGGAGGAUGUGAUGCUUACACAUCAAACCAAACAAGCCGUGUGUAACACCCCGCAUCACUCCCCGCAUGCACGCAAGCAAGAACGAGUCUUGCCCGCCUUUUUUUCGCACUAA